CACAUGACCUAACCAACUUGUCCAUCCUCUUCUCUUCUCUGCUAUAAAUACUCCCUUUUACUUUUCAUCACUCACAAGUCACAACCCAUUCCUCCCCCCUUUCUAACCUAUUUUUUACUCCAUGAAGAGGCAAAGGGCACCUGCUAACAACCCUAUCAAUAAUAUGAACAUCAUGAUGAAUAGUAGUACUAGUGUUCCUCUUCCUCCUCCUCCUGCUGCCAAGCCUGAAGAUGUGUCUGUAAUAAUGGGCAAGAAGAAAGCCAAGAAAGAGGCAACUACCGCUGAGCAGCAGCACAAGCGGGUGGAGGAGAGCAACAACAGCAAAGAGGUGGUUAUUACGCCUACUGGCGGUGAGGAUAAUAGUAACUGUGAGGAGAACAUGAUGAUGAUGAUGAUGGCACCAUGGAUGGAUGAACAGAUGUCAUGGGGAUCUGCAUGGCAUCCUGGGUGGGACAUGGACUUCAUGGGUGAAGACUUCACUGCUGCCAUGUACAGUGAUGUUGUUUGGGACUAUGAUAUCUGGAACCUCAACAACCAAAUCCCAAUUCCACAUUACAUGCAAUGAGGAAUCACCUACCUACCUUACUACCUAAUUUCUGUUACGUUUAAUCUUCACUCUUCUCCAUGUAUUUACUACCAUGUCUUUCUUUCCUCCAAUCUUAAUUAACUUAUUAAUUACGCCACUUAAUCUCUCUUGUAAUCACUAAUUAAGUAAUUGGCUGGUAAUGUGGUCAACUAACACGACAUGUGAGUUUGGUACACUAUUAAAUAAGACACGUCGUCACACGUC